AACACUUCGUCCCAGGAUAUCAUGGAUGCCCUUGAACUGAAAUAUGGACGAGCAGAAACCAUUAUUUGCAAUAUAACGGCACAAUUACGUAAGUUGCACCCUUUACCUACGCAUUAUCAGCAAGAUCUCGUUAACUUCGCUACAAAGGUAAACAACUGCGUUGCAACUAUUCGUGCGCUAAAACAAAGUGAUCAUCUCCGUAAUCCAGAGCUCGCGUCCGCUAUUACAAGCAAAUUACCGAGCACACUUUUGGGAAAGUGGACUGAAUAUGCCUAUGAAAAGAUUCUAGCAGGAGAAUCUAAACUAGAAUUGCUGGCUCAAUUUUUGAAAAAAGAAGCCAACAUGACCCUGGUCACCGGAGCUGUGCAGCCGCGAGAAGUCAAAAAGCCAGCACCGACCGAGCCCCAUUAUAAACGAGACAAGAACGAAAGUCGUCAUGCGCACCCUAUACUUGCCACAAGUACGAAAACUGACAAUAUUUCGUGCUCAUUUUGUAAGAAAGGCGCACAUUCACUGCCCGACUGUCGCGUUUUUAAACGCGCAAUGCGCAGAGAUAAGUGGAAAUUUGUUAAAACACACAGAUUGUGCUUCAAAUGUUUGACCGCAAGCCACGAUAUAGACACCUGUGAUGCACCUGACUGCGAUAUAGAGGAAUGCGGACGUAAACAUCACCGCGUACUCCAUUGGAAACAAGCUACAUCGUCUACGAGUACGCCAUCGGACCCCGCGAGCAACGAGCAACCGAGCGCGCCGGCCUCGCCGGCCCCGCCGCUUGCUCAACCGCCGCGCAGCGCAGCCAGCGACGCCGAUGCUACGAUCGCUCACGUCGCGACGCCCGACGAAGUGACGGCCGACUCGAACGAAAACAUUUUACUAAAAGUAGUUCCAGUGAAGUUGUGUGGACCCCGUGGUGUAAUACAGACUUAUGCAAUGCUUGAUGACUGUGCCGGAGUCUCAAUGUUGGACUCUAGUCUAGCCGAUGAACUUGGUCUUCACAGUGAGCGUCCUAGUGCGGUAAAAUUCAUAGACGCGUUCGGCCUGGAAGUGUAUCAACCGGACGCACCUAAAGUUCGCCUUAAAAUUGCCGGUCUGGACAAUACCUAUUACGAUAUCAGUUUACGUAAAAGUUCUAAGUUAAAAUUGCCACCGCAAAACCUAUCACCUAUAAAUCAAAUAUCGUGCAACAAAUUAUCUAAAAUUAAAGAUAUUGUUUGUAAACAACGUGUUGUGCCCCGUGUGCUUAUAGGUGAAGAUAAUUAUUAUCUAAUAGCACCGCUCGAGAUCAUUCAUGGCAGUAGAAAUUCUCCAUAUGGGACCCGCUGUCGGCUGGGAUGGUGCAUCCACGGCUACUGCAGUCGCGCUCGCUCCUCCGCGUCGCAGACGUACACCGAAGCGGAGUCGACUGGAAGUGCCAGAUCCGGCCUGAAGAACAUGCUCGUUGGCAGGUUUGGCUCGACGAGUUGAAGCAGCUGGAGUCGCUGCGCAUACCGCGCUGGUACCUGCGCGCCGGCACCUGGACGCCGUGCUAUGACUCACCGUCAACGUCUGCGUCAUGUGAGAACAUAAUAGAUACUCAAUUGCACAUUUUUUGUGACGCAUCGAUUAAAGCCUACGCCACUGUAAUAUAUUGGCGUUUUACGCGCGCUGAUGGUUCCGUACUUGUUUGUUUUAUUGCCAGUAAAAGCCGCGUAAGCCCCUUACGUCCGAUUUCAGUCCCGCGACUUGAAUUACAGGGAUGUCUUCUUGGCACACGCUUGGCAAAGACGAUUGCCACUGAACAAAAAAACUUGGUGCCAAGUAAGCGUUAUUUUUGGACAGAUUCCAGUACUGUCAUACAAUGGAUAAGAAGUGAUCCCAGGAGCUACAAGCCUUUCGUUGCCCACAGGCUUGGGGAGAUUGAUGAGCUGACUAAUGCCAGUGAAUGGCAUUACGUGCCAUCCCGUCUGAAUAUAGCCGACAUUGCGACCAAGGUGGACAGUCCUCCGCUGAACUGUAGUCAAGCGUGGUUUCAAGGUCCUGCAUUCCUGCGUCAACCCGAAGACCAGUGGCCGAAGGACUUGAAGAACGCGAAGGUCGCCGAAGAAGCUACCUGUGAAAAAAGAAGUGUUAAUAUGAUUAGUACACUUGAAAUACACUUACCUGUACCCGAUGAAGGACGUUUCUCCAACUGGAUCCGACUUGUGCGCACUGCUGCAAGAGUUAUAUAUUUUAUAAAAAUAUGUAGGCAGAAAUGCCAAGAAAGGAAAUUAAAUCAAAGAAGAAAGAAGAGUAAUAAAGACACGGUGUAUCUCGAUUCUGCUAUGAUGAAGAUGGCAGAAAAGCAUAUAAUAAAAAAGUGUCAAAAUGAUACCUUCGCCGCCGAGAUCGCCUGUUUGACACAAGGAAAACCACUGCCGUCAAAUAGCCGUCUUCUUAAAUUGACUCCAUAUUUAGAUGACGACGGCAUUCUUCGCGUUGGCGGCCGCAUAGAUCAGACUGCAGGAGUAGACCUGUCAACUACACGACCACCGAUAUUGGACGGUAAACACAGAACCACUCGGUUAUUAGUUGAAUACUAUCACCGACGUGCCAUGCACGUGGCAAAUGAGCACGUCGUGAAUGAACUACGGCAGUCUUAUUGGAUUGUGAAUUUACGUCCCACUGUACGCAGCGUCGCCGCGCAAUGUUUGUUUUGCCGCUACCGGCGCGCCAACCCGCAGCCUCAAAGGAUGGGUGACCUACCUGCCGCGCGCUUACAGUACAGUCGAAGGCCAUUUUCAUACACAGGGGUUGAUUUCUUUGGCCCCAUUGAGACGACCAUUGGUCGAGGAAGACAAAAAAGAUAUGGCAUGAUAUUUACAUGUCUCACUGUGCGAGCCAUUCACAUCGAGAUCACGGAGUCUUUGAGUACAGACUCUGCAAUCAUGGCGCUGAUACGUAUGGCAGCUCGCCGUGGCACCCCGCUGGUUCUAUUUUCAGAUAAUGGCACAAAUCUACGGGGAGCCGACAACGAGCUGAAGAUGAGCCUGAAGCAACUUAACGUAGAGAAACUGCGUGAAGAUGGAGCUGUUCGAGGGAUAGAAUGGAGAUUCAUCCCCC